UAAUUAUUUAAUAUAAUAUAAUAUAGAUUUAAAACCGUGAUUUGUACACAGUCUCGAUGCAUCGGUGGUCGAUGUGGUUAAAACACUUUUCUCUAAUAAUAGGGAGAUUCAGGUUCAAAUCCUAUCUGAAAUAAUAUUUUUCGCAACAAAUUUUUCAUUUUCUUCGGAGUGGGGGCAGGGGAAGGGGAAUUUUAGAGCUACUAAUUAGCAUCAGUAUUAUUGAAAUUGAUUUUCAAUUUUAUUAUGUGAUAAUUUUGUUUUGAUUUAUUUUCAAGAGCUAUGUUUAAAACAGAAAGUAACGCACGCAUGCAGUUUUAAUGAGUUGGAAGCUAUAUGUAAUGAAAUCUCAUUUCAACACUAAGAUCUUGCUACGACCGUUUUGGCCCAUCUUCUAUUUAAUUUGUUGUAUAAAUAUUUAAAACUUAUAUAAAGCAUUUUUUGUUGUCUUAAGUAGUUUUGAAAAUAUAAUGGAAAAAGCUAAAAACCACUUUAUACAUAAGAGAUAUGAUUUCAUCUCUUAAAAGCGUAUAACCGCAACUGAUAAUUUAUAAAUUUAUCUGUUCAUAUUAUUUAUAUGUACAAAGUUUUAUUAAUAUUAGAAUAUAAAACUUCGCAAAGUUUGCUUAUCAGAAUAAUAAUAAGUGUUAUUUGACUCAAAAUACAAAAAUACUACACUGAUUAAAAAAAUAGCACUAAAUAUUUGUAUGCUGAGUCAUUAUCCAUUCACUCAUUUUCGCAUAAAUUCUGCCAAAAACAUACGUAGGUAAUAUGAAUUACGGUUGAGGAACAAUACCAUUUCAUGACUUUGCGCGACAUUCAUUGGCAAUCUUCGAUAUUACGAUCGAUAAGAAGAAUGCCUCACGGUCGAUCGAUUAGAAAAUUUUAUUCGUGUUCGCAAGCCAAUAAAACUGUCAUUCGGACUGCGAGCAGCGCGCGAAACCAAUUGUAAAAUUUCAUUAGUGGCGCUAUGAAUCACGAAGCACUCACGUUUCGUCACUGAUACGUUGCCAGGAAUAUUUUUGGCCACGAUACUCGCUGGUGUUCGAUAGUUAUUACAAGGUAAGGGCUAUUACAAGACGCGUAUCUAAUCUUUCUCUUGUCAUCUUGACAAAUCACGGUAAUUCGAAACUCGUAAUUAUGGGCAAUAAACAGAAAAAUUAGAGGAAUUUUAAGAGUUAUAUUUAAUUUAUUAAAUAGAGUGUUUAUCUAGAAUUUUCAGGGAAUUUCUUUUUUAUCCUUGAAAGUACACGGAUUGUUCAGUACAUAUAAAAAUUAGUAUAAGAAUAGUUAUGCAUUUUUACUAAAAAUUACGAAAAUAUUUCCAUAAUUAUUAACGUAAGAUGAAAUCGUUCAAGCUUUCUCCACAUUUUCAUUUAUAUAUUCUUUACGGUUUCAAGGUAUGCUCUUUCUAAUAUUUCUCCAAUAUUUAUUUUUUAAGACCAAUCACUUCUUACCUAAAUAUGACUAAUCUCAUCUUAAAUAAAUAUUCUUAUAUAAAUAUUCUCCAAUGUUUAUUUUUAAGACCAUCGAUACUUUUUGCAUUUUAAUUGGCUUUCUAUAGUCGCUUUUUAUCUCAAGAUAGGAUAUCUCUCAAGAAAUGGCCGCUGUUUAUCGCGGUUUCGACGUAUUGAUAAUCGGUCAUACAUGCAUUCGCCUUGGAUUUCAUAUCUGCCUUGGCAGUGGUUCACUGACGGUGUGUAUCACCUUUUUAUUUUACGUUCAUGUACGCGAGGUGGUGAAACUCCUCGCAGUCAUCAACCAGGAUACUUUUUAAUUGCUCUCUACUUCCUCGCUCAUGUUUGUUGUUCGACACUUCACAAGCGAUUUGUAUCGUGCCGAGUGAUGAUUUUGUUCACGCCCGAUGAUUGAUGAAUCAUCGCGGACGAUGAUCUGUCGAGAGAUCGUAGUUUUCCGCAACGCGUAAAAGGGUGACGAAGAAAGCUCUUCCACAGUUUAUCCCCCCGUGACCCUCGCGAGAAGCACUCUCCGUAGAUAACAUGCAGCAGUCAACGACGUAGAGACUGAUGUAGAAACAAGACGAGCUGUGUUACUUGCGAAGCGAACGAACGCCUUUCGAAACUUUUUGGAGAUUCGCGAAAUAUCCACUGACAAGCCUCUUUCGAGAACGGAACGCUGCGCCAGCUGAAAGUUAUACGUCCCGACUGAAUUUCGCAUCAGGCUGCAGAAUGCAGAAAUGUGUUCGCGACGCGUGACGACGAAUCUGACAGAAAUGUGCGAUUCUUCAGGGUCAAGCGACUCAUUCCAGAUAUUUCCGUCCGUGUAUCCUAUUUCGGUUAUUUUCCGAUAUGUUUCUCGUGCAAUCAUACGGACUCGCGCGUACAGAUAACAGUUAAUCCUAAUAAGAUAAUGGAGGAAUUAUCUCGCGCUAUGCAUCGUGAUGUUUCGAUAUUUUCCGUGUGUUGUUCAAACAAUUAUUUUCUCUUUCAUCACGACACGGUCUAAUGGAUCUAAUGACACACCUACGUUUCGAUGGAUCGGAUUGCGAUGUAACUCUGGAUCUGUGCACAUAACGACUUAUGGAAAUUUAUUAAAAUCAGCGCAAGUAAUCGGGAACGAUACGCGUUGGACACUUGAUGCGCACCUAAUUCGUACCGCUUCUAUUUGGCGAGUGAAAAAGGACCACAUAAACAAGUCGGGACAAGCCAACUCGUAUUACGAAACGGGACUUCAUGGACAAAGUGAUCAGUUUACGUGCAACAAGUGCGUCAGAUCGGGAUCGCUCGAAAUGUUCGUAUUCCCACAUCACUUGCAUCUGUAAUGAGAAACAUUAGAUCCGUUCUCUUCUACUCUUUAGCACUUGUAAUGGAUUGUGUUUGUCAUGAUCGUGUUUUGCGGAUAAAGCAAAAGGAACGAUCGAAAUUUGUAAAAGGCUAAAAACACAGCUAACGGAAUUCAGCAUAAACGGGGUGCAACUCGUUAAAAAAGAAAAAAAAACGAACUAGUCGCACCGUAACUCUCGUGAUUGUUUCUCUUUGUUUUUAAUUAUACAUAAUUAAUUGGAUUUGACGACGAUCUUCGUUCCAUGGAGUAUACGAACGAAACAACGAGUCUGUUGAAUAACAGCCAGCGAAAUGCAUCCUUUCCGUCUUUACCACUACCGCAAGGAUCUGGCAGAACCUACGGGUCUCUUUCUUCGACGUGCCAACAAGCCAUUCAAUCAUUUUGGAACAGGAGCAAACAGACAUUGCAUCGGACUGACUCGAUGGUAUCGCUUUGUUACCGAUCACUCGCGAGCUAUAUCACAGAUGAUAAUCUCGCCGGACUGCAGAGCUUCCUCGAAAACAAGCGAGUGCAGGUCGACGACAGAGAUGAGAACGGUAGUACCGCCCUCAUCCUUGCAGCAACCAAGGGAAAAAUACACUUCAUUCGAGAGCUCAUCAAUCAUGGAGCGGACGUCAAUGCUGAAGACGCGGAUAACUGGACGGCGUUGCUGUGUGCGGCAAAGGAAGGCUAUACUGAAAUUUGUCUUGAAUUGCUCGAGCAUGGCGCCGAUUUGGAGCAUCGAGACAUGGGUGGAUGGACGGCGCUCAUGUGGGCGACGUAUAAGGGCAAAUCAGCGACGGUGACGAUGCUGUUGGGGCGCGGGGCUGACGUCAACGCGCAUGGAAAUUUUCAUAUAUCCUCGUUAGUAUGGGCUGCUGGCAGGGGUAAUACCGAUAUAGUUAAAGAUCUCAUUGCUCACGGAUCGAAGGUCAAUGUCGGGGACAAGUAUGGCACGACAGCACUUAUAUGGGCAUCGCGCAAGGGGUGCGUAGAAAUCGUGGAUAUUCUUCUUAAGGCCGGAGCCAAUGUCGAUACAGCAGGCAUGUAUUCGUGGACUGCUCUGAUCGUGGCAACUCUUGGUAAUCAUGUGGAAGUAGUAUCGUUGCUAUUGGAGCACAAGCCCAACGUGAAUGCUCUAGACAAAGACGGUUGCACCGCCCUAGCGAUUGCCUGCCGUGAAGGUCAUCAUGAAAUAGCCAACGCCCUUUUAAAUGCCGGCGCUUACGUUAAUAUUCAGGAUCGGACUGGCGACACGAAUCUAAUUCACGCGGUUAAGGGUGGUCAUCGAGGCGUGGUGGAGUCAUUACUGAAAAAAUACGCAGACGUCGACAUCGCUGGAAAGGAUAAAAAAACCGCAACUUACAUAGCAGUAGAGAAAGGCAAUAUACCGAUACUCAAAUUAUUACUAAACGCUAACCCAGACCUGGAGAUUGCCACGAAAGACGGCGACACGCCUUUACUACGGGCGGUGAGGUCGCGUAACGCCGAAAUCGUGCAAUUGCUUUUAGACAAGAAAGCCAAAGUCUCGGCUACAGACAAGAAGGGCGACACUGUACUGCACAUUGCGAUGCGCGCUCGAUCGAAAGCGAUUGUCGAGAUACUACUGAGGAAUCCAAAGAAUAGCCAGUUAUUGUACCGUCCGAACAGACAAGGCGAGACCCCCUACAACAUCGACGUCAAUCAUCCCAAGACGAUGCUCGGUCAGAUAUUUGGUGCUCGGCGCUUAAAUACCAACGAGGACAAUGAAAACAUGCUUGGUUACGAUUUGUACAGCAGUGCGUUAGCAGAUAUUCUCAGCGAACCAUCGCUUUCUACACCAAUUACCGUCGGUCUUUAUGCAAAGUGGGGCUCUGGAAAAUCAUUUUUACUAAACAAACUGAGAGAGGAAAUGAAAAACUUUGCGCGACAAUGGAUCGAUCCAGUAUUCCAGUUUUCUUCCUUACUCUUUUUAGUGAUAGCUCACAUAUCCUUACUUGUGGGCGUCACGUUAGGCCUUGCCUUACAGUCGUGGAUCAUCGGUCUAUCGUCCGGAAUAAGUUUAUUAAUUAUCGUUUAUAUAUUUCUGAUUCUCGUUUGGUAUGCCAACAAGAGGUACGAUUGGUACUGGCCAUAUAAUCUAACAGUGGAUCUCACUACCAAGAUGAAUGCGCUAAAACUGCUGUUACAAGUGAUCUUUUGUCACCCACCAGGCAGUCAAUGUCACGAUGGCAUAGCAGUGCAACCGAUAAAAUUUUAUUUCACCGAUCAGACUCGCGUCGGUACGACUGCUGCCGGUGAGAAUGCAGUUGUGCAGAUGGUCGGCUCUCUGUACGAUUCCAUUGAAAACGACUACGGUUCCCUAUCUACCAGACUAUUUAGGGCGUUUCGACCAAAACCGGAUAAAUCGACCACUACGUGGAAAUGGAGGCGGUUGUGUUGCCUGCCAUACGUAGUCAUAUUCGAAUUCUGCUUAUGCAGCCUGCUCGUCGGUAUCUCGAUACUUACGGUGUAUCUCAUAGAUAUUUCGAACGACAAGUCCACGAUAGAGCAUGUUACUGCUCAUAUUAUUAUGAUAUCGAUUGCCUUAGUCUUGGCCAUCAGUAUAAUAGCGAAUUUGUACACAUGGAGUAGAACGCUGCAGGCACUGGUUUUCUCGCAAAGGAGACACCUUCAACGUAGUAUAGCAAAAUUGGAAACACUGAAAAGCGAAGGGUUUAUUCAAACUUUAAAAAGCGAGGUCAAUUUAAUGACGGAAAUGGUCAAGUGCUUGGAUAGUUUCAUGGCUCAACAAAGUAGACUAGUUGUAAUAGUGGACGGUUUGGAUAGUUGCGAACAGGAUAAAGUUUUACUCGUUUUGGAUGCUAUACAGGCCUUAUUUAGCGAUAACGGAUAUCCCUUCGUCGUGAUACUAGCAAUUGACCCACACAUUAUAUCUAAGGCAGUAGAAAUAAAUAGCAGAAGACUGUUCUCGGAAUCAAACAUUGGUGGUCACGAUUACUUGCGGAACAUGGUGCAUCUGCCAUUUUAUUUACAAAACAGCGGUUUGCGUAAAGUCAAGGUCGCGCAACAGACUGCUCAACAUUAUAAGAAAACAGCGUGGACGGAGGCCGAAGAAAGUGUCAACUAUACCGCGACCAGCACCAUGCAUCACUCGGUAUCCAGUAGGAGGCUCAGCGCGGAAUCGGCUAUAAUGAACAGCAACGAGAAACUAAAACCUCAAACUAGGAAGGGUAGUAGAAAGAUGCGAUUGAGCGAAUCAAUCGCUAGCAGUAUCGGCAGUAAUUUGAAUCGACUGGGAGGCGCGCAGGAUCUCAACAAGAUGUUGCUCACUGAUGAUUACUUUAGUGAUGUGAAUCCUCGUAGUAUGAGGAGAUUGAUGAAUGUCGUUUAUGUCACCGGGCGAUUACUUAAAGCAUUCCAAAUUGAUUUCAACUGGUAUCACUUAGCUAGUUGGAUCAACAUUACUGAGCAGUGGCCUUUUAGGACGUCCUGGCUUAUUCUUCAUUAUGACAUAUAUGAGGAGAGUCUAGACGACAAUAUGUCCCUAAAAAGUCUUUAUGAUAAGGUGCGACCACAAAUUCCAGUACUGAAAGAAGUACAACCGCUUCUCGAAAUAGACAGAGACGAGCGCAAGCUGGAUGUUUUUCUCACGUUCCAUCGGUCCAGUUUACUCAUUAGCGAUAUGAAGAUAUUUUUGCCUUUCACUAUCAAUUUAGAUCCAUACAUUAAGAAAAAGAUAAAAGAGGAGCAACAAAGCAUAGAGGAAGACGCAAGUCUAUUUCACAAACAAAGUAGUGCUUGGCAUGGUCAUGGUGUUCCGACUGAUCAAUGGACUUCACAAAGAGGCAUGUCAAACCGGCAUAUGAGACUCGCCAAGCAAUCAAGUUUGCAAGGAUCUGUGCCGCCAACACCAUCAUGGACUUAUCAGCCAAACUUUGAAUGGCAAACUCCGCCAACUUGGAUGCAAAUGCCUUCCAUAGAACCAAUGUCAAAGCCGCUUUCCGCAACGACUACGUUACCGCCCGAAAUUCUGGAAUUAAAGCUGUCUUCCUUAUCGGUAAACGGAGUCUGCGACUUGAUCGACAAAAUUGAAAGCCUUAACUCGAUCCAAGCACCGAUAUAUAAGCAGGCUGUCAAAGAUAACAAUAUUAAUGGGCGAGUUUUAUUGCACUGCGAUUUGCAAGAAUUGAAAAAAGUAUUUAAAAUGACUUUUGGAGAUUGGGAAUUAUUUCGCAUGGUAAUUGUAUCACUGCGGGAAAUGGAGCUCUCGUCAUUUACAUAUGAAGAGGGCCCUCGAAGUGUCCGAUUCACCGUAGGAUCCGAACAAAUACGCAAAGAUCAUGCCUUGCAAAAUAAUUCAAUACGUGUAUCUGCUCACGUAGAGAAAGAAAAAGGAACAUCGAGAACGGAUGGGUCGACUCGCCGUGAUCAAAAUAAGCAAUCUAUCAUGGAAAAACAGUUCCAGGUAACGUUAGAAGAACAAAUGAUUUGCGGAGCAUUGCAAACUUUAAAUGAGGAAGCUUGCGAGGAUGUUUUAGAUGUGCCAUCGCCAGCGGUGGCACCAACAGACUCACUUUCUUCAGGACCCGUCAUCUCGGUACACGACACGGAGUACGUACUGCUUCAGGCCAAUCCGCUGUUACAUUGGGUACCGGUUAACGAUGAUCCAGGUAGCUCGGAUGAUAGCUCGCAUGAUUCCACCGUGUUCCUUCAACGCACCAACUCUCAACGCAGUGUCACGUCUCAACGUAGUACGAAAUCCGCCUGUUCACACAAGGCUGUGAAGAGAAGCAGCAGCAAUAUCAGUACUAGACCAUCCUCGCUAUUCGUUUCUCCGCCAGCGUCACCAAAGCCUGCGAUCAGGUCGAAAUCAACUGACGAGAGGUGUAUGGGGAACAAAAUAUCUCCGAGAAUCACAUCGGUAUCAACCAAGAGACGUUCGUCCUUAACAUUAAAUGACGAAGUGGUGAUAUCGGUACCUACUUCCAGCCUGGAGAAACUGUCGAAGCUGAAAGAUCGCUUGAUCAGCACCACACCGAUAACGAAGUCACCAGCACCCGGUGGCGAAAGCGACGACGAGUCUACACCAUUGGUAUCUGAACUGUCCACGCCAACGCAUUCCCAAUCAGAUAGCGUAUUCAGACAUGACUGUAGCGCAGAGAAUAGUUCGCCGUCGUCCAACAGAAGCCUACCGCGAGACGGAGAACGUCGCGUAGAUCUGGAUUAUUCUGAUAUAGUGAGCCUCGUAAUAUGCGAGUCUUCGAACACUCAAUCGCCAUCUCGGCGCGACUCCAAAGUGUGGGACGACACGGAGACACCUGUCUGAUACCUACCAUUUUCUUCUGUACAUAAUCGUGAUACGACGCACGAUAAUUUAUUACGCAUACUGUUAUGUACAUUCGGUUAAUACUGAUGUCAAUGUAAUGAAGGUGAUUGGCGCCUGCUGGAUAAGCUUACACGUCAUUCUGUUUUGACGAUAAGCGUCGAGAUAAGAUAUAUCAGCCUCUUUCACAUAAAUAACGAAUAACGAAAGCGAACAAUUUUUUUAGUUAAAAUAUUAAAUGUGUUAAUCUGUUUAGUGGUUUGAUGGAGAACGAAUAAUGCCUUCUCGCACAAAUCGUGCAAUAAUUCUUUAAUUUAGCGAAACGAGAUAAUCUCGAUAUGUACGAUGCUGAAGCGACAUUCCGUGUAAAUAUUAAUGCAUUUACGAAUGCAAAUAUUUAUCGACCUUUUCCUUUUUAUAUCGAAUUAAUGCUGAAUAAUGUAUUGAAACGAAGGGAACGAAUAAUAUUUCCCGAUAUAUAGUACCAAAGUAUCCUCUAAUCUCCAAUAAUUAAUUUCAGUCAAUUCGUAGUGCAAAUAAGUAACUUAAAUGGUAAACGCUGAAAAAAGUAUUUUAAAGGAGAGGUAAUAUGAAUGACCAGUAUACAUGAUUGUUAGAUUACAUAAAUAGUAUAAUUUAUAGAAUUUUAGCUAUAAUUUUAUCAAACAAAAAAUGUAGAAUAUCUCAAAAACAAUUUAUACAAACAACAAUUUUUAUUUAUAUUAAUUCAUAUUUAUUUCCAAAAAGGAAUUUUUAUAAAGAAUUUUAUUAGGAUAUUGCAGUAUGGACACAAUUUAGUCAAAAUGUAUUAAAUAUAUUCGUUUUAGUAUUUCUUUGUAAAUUAUUUAAUAUUUUGGUGUAUUUUUUCUUUAUAUCGAAUAAAAAAAAUAAAAACGAUAUAAAGAACGAAUUAAUAAUCGGAAAAACGUAAGUAUCAAUGAUUUGUUUUAUUAAAAGGCAAAAAUUGUAAUUA